AUGGUGAGAGCACGAGUUUGUGUGACGACUGAGACGAGAUGGGCAGAUGCAUAUGUGGAUGAGUGCUGGCGUUCCACUGGGCGUCUGUGUUCUCAGACCUGUGAGAACACUCCAGGCUCCUACCACUGCUCCUGCACCAGCGGCUUCUCCCUGGGGCCCGACGGCAAGACCUGCCAAGACGUAAACGAGUGUGAGAAAAAGCCCUGCAGCCAAGAGUGCGCCAACACACACGGAUCGUACCAGUGCUACUGCCGCCAAGGCUACCAGCUGCAGGAGGACGGGCGCACGUGUGAAGAUAUAGACGAGUGUUCUCAGAGCAUGGGGAGUCUGUGUGCGUUCCAGUGCAUUAAUGUUGUGGGCAGCUACAAGUGUGCGUGUCCCCCGCAGGGAUACACAAUGGCGGCCAACGGACGCACAUGUAAAGAUGUGGACGAGUGUGUAUCCGGUUCCCAUAACUGCUCCGUUGGACAGAGCUGCUAUAAUCUUCAGGGCAGUUUCAGAUGUUUGUCCUUCCACUGUCCCCACAACUACAACAGAGUCACCGACAUGCGCUGCGAGAGGACCAGCUGCCCGCCCAACUCCCUGGACUGCCCCAGCUCCCCGGUGCGCAUCACCUACUACCAGCUCAGCUUCCAGACCAACAUCAUCGUCCCGGCUCAGAUCUUCAGGAUCGGCCCCUCCCCCACCUACGCCGGCGACCACAUCGUUAUCCGCGUCUCCAAGGGCAACGAGGGCGGCUACUUCAGCACCAGAAAACUCAACAGCCACACAGGCGCGGUCCUCCUCCAGCGGCAGGUCACAGAGCCACGCGACUUCCUCCUGGACGUGGAGAUGAAGCUGCUCCGACAGGGCGCCGUCACCACCUUCCUCGCCAGAAUCUACGUCUUCAUCACAUCCAGCCCCAAGUGA